AUGAGCAAACAAAUGACAUUGAGACUCACUGUCAAUAAUAUUGAUAAACUCAUGGCGGUACGAACACCAGAAUUCGUCCUGCAAAAUUUCCAUUGGGAUUUAACCGUUUUCAAAUAUUCUGGUGGUCUUGACAUUCGAUUGAGUGGUAAAAACGGGUCUAACCAAACUCCACACAACGUGAAGAUCGACUUCAAAAUGCAAUCAUCGGUUGGAGGAGUGCAAAACAUCGAAAAAGGCUGUAAUAUGCAGCUUCGGCAUCGUCAAUGUUCCAACAUAGUCCCAAUUAUAUCAUGGGAGGAGCUCAUCAAAAACGAAAAUGGAUUCGUCGUCAACAAUUCCGUUCAAUUCGAAGUCAAAGUCGAAGUCAAAGUGAAUAAACCAGAAGAAGGAGAACCGAACGCAAAAAAACGAUGCACAGCAAACUCACCUGAAGCUGAAGCAAAUGCUUUAACGUUGGAAUGCGCGAUCUGCUUGAACAAAAUCAAAGGUCAAGACUUAUCGUCAACCUACUGCGGUCAUUUAUUUUGUACGAAGUGCAUCACGAACGCUGUCCAAGCUCAUAAGCGCUGUCCAUCAUGCAAUACGGACCUCGACUUGAAUAAGUUGCAUCGCUUCUACUUGCCAAUUGUGGACAAAGACUAGUUGGACGAUUGGCUCCUUAUCAUUCGUUAAAUUGGCUGGCGAUCGAUGAAAAAUAGCUUAUCCACCAGUAAAUCGAUUUCAUACAUCCUUGUGAGGCCUUUCGCUUAUCGCAGAACAAACAUAUUAUUUUCAACACAUUCAAAAAAAUUUAAGGAACACUUCUAGAUUAGUAACGCGAAGAACCGUUCAUAAAAAUUGAUGAAAGAGAUCAUAUAAACUGAACAGAAGAAAAACUAUUCAUCAGCAAGGAAAUCGGAAAUUAUUAGCAAAAUAGAUCUUUUUAAUAUUGAACAUGAUUUAAAUUCUAAACUUGAAUGAAUGCUCUUCAACAAAAAAUUUUUUCUUCAGAAAUUCACAUCGCAACGGUUUGAUCUAUAGAAAUAAACCACAAAAGAAUAUUCAUUUAGUUGAAUAUCAGAUAGCAUUCAGGAUUUAAAGCGUACUUAAGAAUACAGCAAAUUUUGUGAAAAAUCGAAUUAAGUUUCCUGAAUAAAAAUUGCGAAUAAACAUUUUAA